CGCCUCUUCAUUCUACAGGAUGUUCGCCGUCGCUGCGAUUCUCGCCGCCCUCGCGGGCACUGCGCUCGCCUCGAACGCCACUAGCGACGCUUCGGACUUGAACCAUUUGUUCAAGCGCAUCAGCUCUGGCUGCUCGACGACGGGCACUGCGUCGUGCCACGGCUCGGCGGCGGGCUCUUGCUGCUUCGAGUCCCCAGGAGGAUUGCUCCUGCAGACCCAGUUCUGGGACACCAGCCCGUCCACGGGCCCGUCGAACAGCUGGACUAUCCACGGUCUUUGGCCCGACAACUGCGACGGCACGUUCACUGAGAACUGCGACCCGUCCCGGGACUACACCGACAUCGCCGGUCUCCUGACGGCCCAGGGCGCGAGCGACACCCUGUCGUUCAUGCAGGAGUUCUGGGUCGACAUCAAUGGCGCAAACGAGAAGUUCUGGGAGCACGAAUGGAGCACCCACGGAACAUGCUACAGCACCCUCGAGACCAAGUGCUUGCCCUCUGGCAGCCCUAAGGGAGCCGAGGCGGUCGCCUUCUUCCAGCAGGUCGUGAAGCUGUUCAAGACGCUGCCCACUUUCGACUUCCUUUCCGCGGCGGGCAUCACGCCCUCCACGAGCAAGACGUUCACGCUCGCGACGCUCACGGCCGCGCUGAAGGCCGCCACGGGCGUCACGCCUGCACUCAACUGCGACGGCACCGCGAUCAACGAGAUCGAGUGGUACUUCAACGUCAAGGGCUCCCUCUUCGAUGGCGUCUUCGUCCCGAUCGACGCGCCCUCGAAGGGCUCCUGCGCGAGCAGCGGCCUCAAGUACCCGCCCAAGACCGGUGGCACCACCACGACCACCUCCGGCGGUAGCACUCCCACUGGCGGAUCCGGUGGUCUGCCCAGCACGGGCACGAUCCACGCGUCUACCACGGGCGGCCUCCUGACCGGCGGGACGUGGUCGACGCAGACGCUCGCGACGUACCACUUCUCCGGCACGACGAGCAGCUUCACGAUGACGACCUCCAAGGGCAGCUGCGGCGUCUCGGGCGGCACGCUCACCUGCGGCAGCGGCGUGUCCGCGACGACGUUCUCCGCGGUGUCGUCCGGGGGUAGCCUGCUGCUCGCGUCCUCGGGCUCGACGUCGUUCUCGAGCGACGCGACCCCGAGCGGGAGCACGCAGGAGACGGUGUUCACGGGCAGCAGCCACAGCAAGUCGUACACGCUCUCCAUCGUCUCGUCAUGAGCGGGGGCGGCGCGAACAUGGGCGUCCGGCGGUGCAUGGAAGGAUAUCGUGACAUAUGACGCAGACUGUCGAUGUAAAAUUAGCACCCCAUGUAUUCAGGAGCGGGGCUCACGAUCGGUUGUUGUAUAAGAUUCAUACCCAAUGGAUGUUCUG